AUGCGCAAAACCCUAGAGGAGUGGGAUGGUGGCGUCACAGUUGGGGGCGUAAAGAUCUCGAAGUUACGAUACGCUGAUGAUACCACAUUAGUGGCGUCCACAUCCACAUCAGAAGAGGAAAUGGAGGAGCUGCUGCGACGUCUGGUUAUAGUUAGCGAGGAAAUGGGACUAAAGAUCAACCAGUCCAAAACAAAGAUCAUGAUCGUGGAUAAAUACGGCACCCUUAACGAGAAUAAUAUUCUUGGCCAAUACGACAUCGUCAAGACUUUCGUGUACCUCGGCUCGAUCAUUUCCAAUAGAGGUAGAUCGGAAACCGAAAUAAGGCGACGCAUCGGAAUGGCCAAAUCCGCUAUGAGCCAGCUAAACAAAAUAUGGAGAGAUCGAAACAUACUCAGGAAGACGAAAGUGCAAAUUGUUGAGACGCUCGUUUUCUUAAUCUUUUUGUAUGGGGCUGAGACCUGGAUCUUGAAAGAGUCUGACAGGCGACACAUAGACGCGUUUGAGAUGUGGUGCUAG